CUCACUGCGACAGAGGGAGCAGAAUUUAGCAACAAAACGGCAGCAACCGUCACUAUAAAGUUCAAUGUGGGCUGGUCCGGGAGAGUGUCCACCAAACUAUUCAUUGCAGCUCUCACACCUCUCUCGCAGCGGCUUCUCUCUCGCCCUACUUCUCCCAGGAACUAUGGCUCAAAAGGAUGUAAUGGAAUUGGCAGUCAAUAAAAACACGAAAGAGACAAGAAGUGUUCGUAUUUUAGCCGGGUUCUCCAGUCAACCUUUUCUCCUGCGAAGUGUGAGAUUCACCUUAACACCUGUAUGUGUCUCCACCCUGAGAAGUCACUUGACCAGAAUGCCUGUGAUUCAAGAUGAACAUGAGAAGUGUAACAGCUGGCUAACAUCUUGUGAGCUUGUUAAUAGGGUUGCCCUUGGCAUAGCCUCGGUUCCAGGUUAUAUUUGGAAAAUUCUUGGUUUAUCCACUGCUCAUGGUGACAUCAGGCAAAUUGGUGAUGACCCCAAUAUAAUUAUACCGGGUAACAACUUGGAAGUUCCUGACCCUGAUGUUGGUUGGGAGCGGAACUAAGAGACAAGACAGGUGGUUAGGAAUCCUCAACUUCGUUUGCUCAUUUGUUCAUCACUACCAACACAGGCACCUGGUAUUUCCAGCUUACUCAUCCACAUCAAAGGCAUCUUAAACUGAAGGAUGUGUCGAAAGACUCGAAACUAUGCCUUCUAACUUAGCAGGAACAACCUGUUCAUUAAUUUUCAAUGUAUUAUGUAUUUUGCCAAUUUCAACAAAUAUAAUAGAUGUAUUUGUAUAUACAGAGUUACACAUAUCGUGUCCAAGGUGUUUGCCACAUUCUAUAAAGUAUUCUACUAGAAGUUUUUGAAUUUUAGUAUGAAUAACAAAAUAAACAUCCCUGUCAUUAGUGUA